AUGUUUGAUUCGGAGUCCGUCGGCUUUGUCUACAAAACGGACUUGAUCGCUGCAGCUGCAGAUUUAUGGCUUAUAAUCCUCGUCGGCCUUCUGCCAUGUGUGCAACUCGGGGUGGAGAAAUCUGUCAAACUGUCUGCGCUUGGAUUCGAGUGGCCGCCCGGGAUCUGCCACUGCCUUUUUGCUGUGGUUCUGUUUCUGACUGGCAAUGAGGUGUGGAGCUCCCACGCAAACCUACCAGCCCGAUGGCCGCUCCGAGCUGCUGGUGGCUCCAUGUUCAUGGCCAGCGCUUGCAAUUUAGCGUGGUUCACUUUGGAAUCUGGUGCAUGGGGCGUGGAGCUCGUGCCCCAUGAUUCGUGUUUGCUGCUCGCGUUGAUCCACGCAGGGGCUCUGCCCCUAACGAUCGCAUCGCUGAGCAUCAUGUGUGGAGAGACACCUUUGUCUUCACCCACGGUUUGGUUGACGACUUUGUCUGGAAUGGUAUUCAUGGUUGCCGCGAUGCUACAAAGCCUUGCUUGCUUCGCUGUGGCGGUUGCGUGCGCACUUGGUGCAAUAAACGAUAUGUCACGCCUGAUCUUGUUGGAGCAGCGCAUCGUGUGGAGGGCACCAAGGGAAGUGGGGCUCACCCGACCGGUCUUCCAGGCUGUCCGCAUUCUUCAGCCAAUGUGGAUAGCCAGCUUCGCGCUUGAAGUUAUGAUGUUGGCGAAGCCGACUGUGUCGCUUGAUGCGCUGGCGUCUUGGGUCGCCAUUCUAACUGUUGCCACAAGUAGGGUUGCGGUAAGCAGCUCGGCCAACAUCAAGGCCGUGCGUGCGUAUAUGUCUGCGGACGACAUGAGCGAUCGCGCAGUGUGA